AUGCGCAAUGUAUACAUAGGAGGUGACUUAUACACAGCAAUAAAAGACUCCUCAAUUCUACAGGGCACGAGUUCCACAAUCACCAGACACUUGGACGCUAUAAUGAAGCGUAUUGAAAAUAGAGAAAAACAUGUUAUAUUGGGGAAGAGAUGGUUAGAGGGUGAGAUUGAGGAAGAAGACACUGAUCAACCCGAUCACAAAAGGCGUAAAGGCGAUGUCCAAGGAGAAGAUAUAACAUAUGACCAGGAUGUUUAUAUUGGAGAAGAGGAAAGUGUUGAAGAUAUACCGGAUGAGGCGAUGCUUUCUUUACAUGUUCCUUUAAUUGUUGAAAUCAAAAUUUAA